AUGAGAUUCAUAAGAUUAGAAUUUGUUUGUAUUACAAUACUAACAGUGAGUACGGUAAAAAGUGAAUGUGAUACUUAUUUAGAAUGCCUUGGUUUAUUUUUUGAUAGCUUUUUUGGCAAUUACAAAAAUUUAAAAACAGAAAAGGAAGUUGGUAAUAUUACAGUCCCAGGUUACAAUACUGUGAAUUUUGACAGUGAGGAUCUUAAUGAUCUUUUAUCCGGUGUAUCUGAAUUUAUACAAGAAGAAUUGGACGGAAAUAUCAAGUUUAGUCCUCAGAUGAAUAUUUUUAAAAAUUCUGGUAAUAGUACUGCAAUAUAUAUUAAAUCUUUAACAAUUAACAAUCAUUUUGGAGAUCAUAAAAAUACUUCUAUAAUUUCUGUUCCAACGGAAACUAAAGAUCAAUCAAUAAUUCAUUCGAAAUCGUCUUAUAAUUUAAAUGUAACUAACUCGGCGCCAGUCGCAAAUAGUAAUGUUACAUCUUCUCAACAAGAAAAAAGUAAUGAAAAAGAUGAACUAAAUGAAAUCUUAGAAGACGUGGAUUCUCUAUAUUACGACAUGGAUGGAGACGGUAAUGACACAGAUUAUCUUAAAAUUGAUUAUUUGGAAAUGUACAAAGAUACCACGAAUGAAUAUACAGAUCUUAAACCAACAGAAUCGACCAUAAGUAUUCAUAAGGUUAAUGACUACGACAAAGACAACAAGAAUGCGCGACCUGAUGCAAUUAUGUUUGAGAAUAUAAAAAACAAUAGCAGUAUUUCCGUAGAUGUUACGAGCAAAUGCAGCAACUACACGAAAAAUGCCACAGAAGCAAUAUUCCCGUGGAUUGCAGCCAUUUUCAUUAAGAAUGACACGAGUGACCAAUUUGACUACUACUGUGACGGUGCUUUGCUGUCAGAAACCAUGGUUAUUACCUCUGCUCGUUGCAUGGAAUACUACGGCAGCGAAAUGGAUGCCAAGAACUUGUUGGUUUUAUUGGGAAAGAGUUCUCUUCAAUCAAUGAGUGGAGCCGAGAGAGCGGUUAAGGUGAACUCCGUUAUAAUACACGAAAACUUCACAACUACAGAAGGAAAUGAUAUCGCGAUCCUUUUCUUGGAGAGAGUCGCGUUAAACGAGCAUAUACAAACGGUUUGCCUUGGAGGCGAGAAGGGGUUGGAAGCUGCUACAACCGGUUGGGCGAUUUCAGGAGAACUAACAAUAAUACCCUUUGUAACCGACCAAAGCUUCAAGUGCAAAGUUUCAAAAGGAAAUUAUACUUUUUGCGCUGCCUAUGGAAACGAUGUCACGAUUUGCCCAAGCUACGGAGGUGUCUAUGCGGUGAAGGAUCUAAAUGGAUGGUAUCUUCAGGGCAUAAGAAGCGGGGAUCCAAGCAACCGUGGAUUGUGUUUCGACAGAAGUGUAUAUUUCACCGAUCUUACUAAUUAUGUUGAAUGGAUAGACAAAAACUCAAAAUAAAACUCACACUCAAAUGUUAUAGUGAAAAACUUCUGUUCUAUUUACA